CAUUGUACUCUAAGCAUUCCAUUUCCAUUUCCAUUUCUCUCUCACUUUCAUUCUCAUUCUCUCUAAAAAAAAAUUGCAGUUGAGUAGUGAGUUUUUUCACAAUGAGAGGGAUUGCUUUACUGUCGGUGCUAUUGCUUGCCACUUUCCAACUGACCUUGUCUAUCACGGAUGGAUUAUUGGAUAAUGGGAAUUUCGAGCUCCCCCCAAAGUCGACUGAAAUGAAUGGGACGGUUGUGAAGGGGCGGUACGCCAUACCCAAAUGGGAAAUAUCAGGGUUUGUGGAGUACAUCAAAUCCGGCCAAAAGCAAGGUGACAUGUUGCUGGUGGUGCCGGAGGGUGCGUGCGCUGUGAGGCUGGGUAACGAGGCCUCAAUCAAGCAAAAAGUCAAGGUCAGCAAAGGCCAGUACUACUCCAUCACCUUCUGUGCGGCGCGCACCUGCGCCCAGGAGGAGCGACUCAACGUGUCCGUCCCUCCGGACUCUGGGAUUCUCCCCAUACAGACCUUGUAUGGCAGCAAUGGUUGGGACUGUUACUCUUGGGCUUUUAUGGCUCCCCUUAAUGAGGUUGAGAUUAUUGUGCAUAACCCUGGUGUCGAGGAAGAUCCAGCUUGCGGUCCACUUAUCGACUCUAUUGCUCUUAAGGCUCUUAUUUCUCCUAAACCCACUAGUGAUAACUUGAUAAGGAAUCCCAGCUUUGAAACAGGGCCGUUCCUGUUCAACACAACCACGGGUGUCCUAGUCCCACCCAACAUAGAAGAUGACCACUCCCCACUUCCCUACUGGAUGGUUGAGUCCCUCAAGGCCGUCAAGUACAUCGACUCCGACCACUUCUCAGUCCCUCAUGGAAAGCGAGCCGUGGAGCUCGUGGCGGGCAAAGAAAGCGCCAUUGCGCAAGUGGUUCGGACCAUCCCCAACAAGACUUACGUGCUGACCUUCUUGGUGGGAGACGCGAGCAACGCAUGUGAAGGGUCAAUGGUCAUCGAGGCCUUUGCUGGGAGGGACACUGUGAAAGUGCCUUAUGAGUCCAAAGGGAAAGGAGGGUCCAAGCCCGGCUUGCUCAAAUUCGUGGCCACUCAGACUAGGACUCGAAUCAUGUUCCUUAGCACGUAUUACUCCAUGAGGACUGAUGACUUUUCUUCUCUUUGUGGCCCGGUUCUUGACAAUGUCAGAUUGGUUAGCUUACGUAAACCUACUUAAAGAUGAUCAUCAUCAUGAGUUUAAUGGCUUUUCGGAGUUAUAUAUAAAUUUAUAAAUAUCUAUAUAUAUAUAUAAUGUAUGGUUAAUCUUGGUUUCGGGUUAUGAAUGAGUGGAUACUUUUUCUCUUUGUGGUUCGCAAGAGAAAUUUGCAGAGGGAAAUUAGUGUGAGUUUUAGCAUAAUUUAAAAGAGAAAAAUAAGUGGUAAUGUAUUAUGUAUUUAUAUAUUUAUAUGGUGUAUCAUGUAUACUAAGAGGCGAAGGAUAUCAAGAUAGUGUAUUAUAGUUUGAUUUUGUUGAGUGGUUUUUAUGUAAUCCUGCAAAAUUUAAGUCAUAAACUCGAUAUUAUUAA